AUGGGUUCAAUGUCAUCUACUUGUAAAGGUAAAAAGCGUGCUAAAAUGAUGAAUGUUAUUCAUGAUAAGCAUACUCAAACGACACAUUCGAUAGAUCAGUCAGUCUACCAUCAAUAUCGUUUACAUGGUCGAAGACAUCCUGUUUCGCGAACAGAACACGCAUCCAAUCGUACAUCUAUUCACACUGAUCCUCUUCGAGUACGAUCAAUACCGAGUAUUGUUCGUACUACAUCAGGUCAGGAUCAUCGCAUAGAAUCCUAUCAAACAUCAACAUGUGCUCAAUCGUCAGCAACAAUAAAUAUGGAUGAACAAUCAUAUAAACAAAAUAUGAAUGAUAAAUCAUCUCGGAUCGAACGUUCGGCAUCUAUACCUAUCGAUAUGUUUUUAAUUGAUAUUUCAAAUGAACAAAUUCGUGUUGGUCAACCGGUUUCAAUAAAUAUACGACAUUUACUAAUGGAUGUACCAAAAAAUAAUCAUACGAAUUCUUCAUAUUCAACUAACACCAACAUAUAUAAUAAUAUUCUUAAUUAUGUUCCAGACGUCUGUGAAAAGUAUCAAAAUCUAACUAUUAAUAAUAAUCAAUCUACUCGCAAUACACUUCAUGUACGUUUACCAACAUAA